AUGGCCGCCAUCAUCGACGCCGACGACAUGAUGGAGCCCACGCUCCAGUCCCUCCUCGACCAGCGCUCUCUGCGCUGGAUCUUUGUUGGUGGCAAGGGUGGUGUCGGAAAGACCACCACGUCGUGCUCUCUCGCCAUUCAGCUCGCCAAGCACCGCCGCUCCGUCCUCCUCAUCUCCACCGAUCCGGCGCACAACCUGUCCGAUGCCUUCAACCAGAAGUUCGGCAAGGAGGCCCGUCUGAUUGACGGCUUCACCAACCUGAGCGCCAUGGAGAUUGACCCCAACGGCAGCAUGCAGGACCUCCUCGCCGGACAGGGCGAGGACGUGGACGCCAUGUCAGGCGGUCUGGGCGGCAUGAUGCAGGAUCUCGCCUUUGCUAUCCCUGGUAUCGACGAAGCCAUGUCCUUCGCCGAAGUCCUCAAGCAAGUAAAGUCCAUGUCCUAUGAAACAAUCAUCUUCGACACCGCCCCGACGGGCCACACCCUGCGCUUCCUCUCCUUCCCCUCCGUCCUCGAAAAGGCCCUCGCCAAGGUCUCCCAGCUCUCCUCCCAGUACGGGCCCCUCCUCAACGGCUUCCUCGGCCAGGGCGGCCAGCUGCCCAACGGCCAGAACCUCAACGAGAUGAUGGAGAAGCUCGAGACGCUGCGCGAGACCAUCUCCGAGGUCAACACCCAGUUCAAGGACGAGGCCCUGACCACCUUCGUCUGCGUCUGCAUCCCCGAAUUCCUGUCCCUGUACGAGACGGAGCGCAUGAUCCAGGAGCUCGCCAACUACGGCAUCGACACCCACAGCAUCGUCGUCAACCAGCUGCUCUUCCCCAAGAAGGGCAGCAACUGCGACCAGUGCAACGCCCGCCGCAAGAUGCAGAAGAAGUACCUCGAGCAGAUCGAGGAGCUGUACGACGAGUUCAACGUCGUCAAGAUGCCGCUGCUCGUCGAGGAGGUCCGUGGAAAGGAGAAGCUGGAGAAGUUCAGCGAGAUGCUGACGACGCCGUAUGUGCCCCCUGAGAUGGACUAA